UGAGGUGACAAUUAUAUUAAGAAUUAUCUAAAACAUUAUUUUAUAGGUCAAACAGACAACAUAUAUAGCAGAACAGAAGAAUUUAUAGUCCUUUGCAUAUACAAAAGGGUGACUAUGUAUCAUGUCCUUGACAUCCACCUUAAUUACGAUUUGUAGCCAAAGUAACAAUUGACGUCACGAAGUAUCAACCUCCACCACCUAUUUAUCAGUACACCAUUCUUAAGCCGCACUAAAGGAAAACAUAUCCAUAAUCAUGUCCACCGGAUUCGCGCGGAGCUACAAAUUGUUUGUCGGCAACCUGCCGUGGACGAUCGGCAGCAAGGAGCUGCGGACAUACUUCUCGAAAUAUGGGCACGUGGCCAACGCGGAGGUGGUCUUCGACCGACAACUGGGCCUCUCCAAGCACUACGGAUUCGUGGUGUUCAGCCAGCGGGAUGCCUUCAACAGCGCGAGCAACCAAAACACCCACUUCCUGGAAGGACGCGUGCUUACUGUACAGCGAGCCAAUGAAAGUCCUUGAGCACUAUGGAUAAUUCGACUGAUUUACUAGUUAUACCAAAAAGAGACCAGGAAAGAUGGCAGUGAAACAGCUUAGUUGUACACAAAUGCAGCGAAUGAAGAGGAAUUUGCUCAGA